AUGUUUGAGGAAGCUACCACAAAGCAUCUGAAUGAGUAUGGGGAAGUUGGGUUGCGGACUCUGGCACUUGCUUACAGGAAGCUUGAAGAGGCCGAGUAUUCUGCUUGGAAUGAAGAGUUCCAUAAAGCAAAAACUUCCAUUGGUGCUGAUCGGGAAGCAAUGCUCGAACGAGUAUCUGAUCUGAUGGAAAAGGAUUUGAUUCUUGUGGGUGCAACUGCUGUGGAGGACAAACUGCAAAAGGGGGUGCCUCAGUGCAUAGAUAAACUGGCACAAGCUGGCCUCAAGCUCUGGGUUCUGACAGGUGAUAAGAUGGAAACUGCAAUUAACAUAGGAUAUGCAUGUAGUCUGCUCCGCCAGGGCAUGAAGCAGAUCUGUAUAACAACAAUGAAUGCAGACAUGUUAGGCCAAGAUUCCAACGAGGCUGUGAAGGAGAACGUUUUGAUGCAAAUCACCAAUGCCUCUCAAAUGAUCAAGCUCGAGAAGGAUCCUCAUGCUGCAUUUGCCGUAAUUAUAGAUGGGAAGACUCUAACUUAUGCUUUAGAGGAUGACAUGAAGCAUCAAUUCUUGAAAUUAGCAGUUGAUUGUGCAUCUGUCAUAUGUUGUCGUGUCUCUCCUAAGCAAAAAGCCAUGGUUACCAGAUUGGUUAAAGAGGGAACUGGGAAGACCACCUUAGCUAUCGGUGAUGGUGCAAAUGAUGUUGGUAUGAUUCAAGAAGCAGACAUUGGUGUUGGCAUCAGCGGGGCAGAAGGAAUGCAGGCUGUGAUGGCUAGUGACUUUGCCAUUGCACAGUUCCGAUUUCUGGAGAGACUUCUUGUUGUCCACGGACAUUGGUGCUAUAAAAGAAUUGCUCAGAUGAUUUGUUAUUUCUUCUACAAGAAUAUAGCUUUUGGCCUCACAAUCUUCUACUUUGAGGCAUUUACUGGUUUUUCUGGGCAAUCGGUUUAUGAUGAUUGGUACAUGUUGCUGUUCAAUGUUGUUCUUACCUCACUGCCUGUCAUUUCACUUGGCGUCUUUGAACAAGACGUUUCUUCUGAGAUUUGCCUACAGUUUCCAGCAUUGUAUCAGCAAGGACCCAGAAACUUGUUCUUUGACUGGUACAGGAUUUGUGGGUGGAUGGGAAACGGUCUCUAUUCCUCUAUCAUAAUUUUUUCGUUUGGCAUUAUCAUCUUUUAUGACCAAGCCUUCCGUGCUGGAGGCCAAACUGCUGACAUGACUGCUGUGGGUACCGCCAUGUUCACUUGCAUCAUCUGGGCUGUGAACUGCCAAAUUGCUCUCACAAUGAGUCAUUUCACAUUCAUACAACACAUCUUUGUCUGGGGCAGCAUUGCUUCUUGGUAUCUAUUUCUUUUCCUUUAUGGCAUGUUGUCACCAAAAUAUUCAGGUAAUGCCUUUAAAAUCCUCGUGGAAGCUCUAGCUCCUGCCCCAAUUUAUUGGUCAGCCACCCUCUUAGUAACAGUGGUCUGUAAUCUCCCUUACCUUGCUCAUCUAUCUUUCCAAAGAUCUUUCAAACCAAUGGAUCAUCAUAUCAUUCAAGAAAUCAAAUACUACAGAAAGGACAUUGAGGAUCGACAUAUGUGGAGAAGAGAGCGGUCCAAAGCAAGACAGGAGACCAAGAUUGGGUUCACAGCAAGAGUAGAUGCAAAGAUCAGGCAGUUGAGAGCGAGGCUGCAGAAGAAACAUUCAACGAUGAGUCCACAUAGUUAUAGUGGGGGUUCUUUGAAGCCAAGGGUUGCAUCAGAGCACUGA